CCCUGCAGCGCAAUUUGUCAGAGUACGAACGGCGUCUGCUUGCCUCGCUUACUCGUACGCAUGUCUGUUCAUUUUGGACACAGAAGGCAAAAGGACUUGGCUGCCUGAAACCUUCGUGCGUCGCUCCGCUCCGUUCAUCAUGUUGUUAUUAUUAUAGUUUGGAGCUCGCUUGCCUCUUUCUGGGUUUUUUCCCCCCCGCUGAAGCCUUUGAGUCGACUGGUACCGUGAGGUGGACUCGAAACCUCUGUUCUGCCAGAGUUUAAAAAAGAAAAACAGCAGAAAAAAAGACAAGAAUGCAACAUCGGUGUAAUUUUCUGCACCGAUUUCUAGGAUAAGGUGGUUUGAACUGUCGGACUUUAAGCUGUUGUUCUCCUCGAUGCACGGCCACUAGAGAAGAGAGAAAAGAAAAACGGAGAAAAGCGCUGCAGCGUUACAAGUAGGGGAUCAUCAUCCAGGACCCAAAAGAGAGUCAUAGGGUCUCACCCUAAAACCCGAGGAACGAUGACAUCUACGAAAUUCAAGAAGGAUAAGGAGAUUAUAGCGGAUUAUGAGACCCAAGUGAAAGAGAUCCGUAACCAGCUGGUGGAGCAGUUCAAAUGCUUGGAGCAGCAUUCUGAGUCUCGUAUCCAGCUGCUGCAGGACCUGCAGGAGUUCUUCCGCCGCAAAUCAGAGGUUGAGCUGGAAUACUCUCGCAGCUUAGAGAAACUGGCUGAGAGGUUCUCCUCCAAGAUCCGCAGCUCCAGGGAACACCAGCAGUUCAAGAAAGACCAGCACCUGCUGUCCUCAGUAAACUGCUGGUACCUGCUGCUGAACCAGACAAGGCGAGAGAGCCGCGACCAUGCCACACUCAGCGACAUCUACACCAACAAUGUCAUCGUCCGCUUGGCCCAGAUCAGUGAGGACGUCAUCCGCCUGUUCAAGAAGAGCAAGGACAUUGGGAUCCAGAUGCAUGAGGAGCUGGUGAAGGUGACAAAUGAACUCUACACUGUGAUGAAAACAUACCACAUGUACCACACUGAGAGCAUCAGCGCAGAGAGCAAGCUGAAGGAUGCUGAGAAGCAGGAGGAGAAGCAGUUCAGCAAGUCCGGAGAUCUCAACGUUAACCUGCUGCGCCAUGAGGACCGCCAACCAAGACGUAGCUUUGUCAGGAAAAUUGAGAAGAUGAAAGAGAAGAGGCAAGCCAAGUACUCAGAGAAUAAGCUGAAAUGCACAAAAGCCCGGAAUGACUAUUUGUUGAACCUGGCAGCAACAAAUGCAGUUGUGGCAAAAUAUUACAUCCAUGACGUCUCUGAUAUGAUUGAUUGCUGUGACCUGGGCUACCACGCUAGCUUGGCACGCACAUUCAGGACUUACUUAUCUGCCGAGUACAACUUGGAGACAUCACGCCAUGAGGGACUGGAUAUCAUAGAGAAUGCAGUGGACAACCUGGAUUCCCGCAGUGACAAGCACAAGAUCAUGGAUAUGCAUAACCAGGUGUUCUGUCCUCCCAUGCGCUUUGAGUACUUGCCACACAUGGGAGAUGAGGUGUGCCAGGUGAGCGCCCAGCAGCCCGUCCAGACUGAACUCCUGAUGCGUUACCACCAACUGCAGUCUCGUUUAGCUACGCUAAAGAUUGAGAAUGAGGAGGUGAGAAAGACCUUGGAUGCCACCAUGCAAACGCUGCAGGAUAUGCUGACGGUAGAGGACUUUGACGUGUCGGAUGCCUUCCAGCACAGCCGCUCCACUGAAUCCAUUAAGUCUGUGGCCUCAGAGUCUUACAUGAGCAAGCUGAAUGUAGCCAAGAGGAGGUCGAACCAACAGGAGACUGAAAUGUUCUACUUUUCAAAAUUCAAGGAGUUUCUGAAUGGCAGUAACCUCAUCAUUAAGCUGCAGGCUAAGCAUGACCUACUGAAGCAAACACUGGGUGAAGGGGAAAGGGCUGAGUGUGGAACUACAAGGCCCCCCACCCUUCCCCCUAAACCACAGAAAAUGCGGAAGCCUAGGCCACGCUCCAUGUAUAACCAUAAGCUGUUUAACGGCAAUAUGGAGACCUUCAUCAAGGAUUCAGGUCAACCAAUCCCACUUGUUGUUGAAAGCUGUAUCAGAUACAUCAAUCUGUAUGGCUUGCAACAGCAGGGCAUAUUUCGUGUGCCAGGAUCACAGGUGGAAGUCAAUGAUAUUAAAAACUCAUUUGAGAGAGGUGAAGAUCCCUUGAUUGAUGACCAGAAUGAGCAUGAUAUCAACUCAGUGGCAGGGGUGCUGAAGCUCUACUUUAGAGGACUGGAGAACCCCAUCUUCCCAAAGGAGCGCUUCCUGGACUUCAUCUCCACCAUCAAGCUGGAGUCGGGAGCCGAGAGAGCGCAUCACAUCCAGCAGAUUGUUGUGACUCUUUCUCGCACCGUCAUAAUCGUCAUGAGAUACCUUUUUGCUUUUCUCAAUCAUCUCUCCCAGUACAGUGACGAGAACAUGAUGGAUUCAUACAAUCUGGCAAUCUGCUUUGGUCCAACCCUUAUGCCCAUCCCAGACGGACAGGAUCCUGUAGCGUGCCAGGCACAUGUUAACGAAGUCAUCAAGACCAUCAUUGUCCAUCAUGAACUCAUCUUUCCCAGUCAACGUGAGCUGGAUGGCCCAGUGUAUGAAAAGUGCAUGACUGGGGGAGAGGAGUACUGUGACAGCCCCCACAGUGAACCAGGAACUAUUGACGAGGCUGACAAUGGAACUGAACCACACACCAGUGAUGAAGAGGUUGAACAGAUCGAGGCCAUCGCUAAGUUCGACUACGUGGGACGCAGUCCCAGGGAGCUGUCCUUCAAGAAGGGAGCCUCUCUGCUUCUGUAUCACAGAGCUUCUGAAGACUGGUGGGAGGGCCGUCACAAUGGUGUGGAUGGCCUCAUCCCACAUCAGUACAUUGUAGUACAAGACUUGGAUGAUGCUUUCUCAGAUAACCUCAGCCAAAAAGCAGAUAGUGAAGCGAGCAGUGGACCAUUGCUGGAUGAUAAGGGUUCAUCCAAAAAUGAUGUCCCGUCACCAUGUGAACAAUCACCUGAUUACAACUUUGGAGGAGUCAUGGGGAGGGUAAGGUUACGGUCCGAUGGAGCUGCAAUCCCACGUCGCCGCACUGGCACAGACACCCACAGCCCAACCAGAGUGGCUGACACUCCGCCACGGGCUGCAGCCUGUCCCAGCAGCCCCCACAAGGUGUCCAUCAGCAAAGGCCGUAUGGAGAGCCCAGAAAAGAGGCGUCUUGGCACCUUUGGCAGUGCGGGAAGCAUCAACUACCCAGACAGGAAGGCCUAUCCUGAGGGCCACCCUCUGAGACCGGUUCCAGGGGCCACUCGUCACAGCAGCCUUGGGGACCACAAAUCACUGGAGACUGAAGCUCUGGCCGAGGUAAAGGACAUCGAGAAGACUAUGAAUACAGCACUCCAUGAGCUACGUGAGCUGGAGCGACAGAACACCGUUAAGCAGGCUCCCGACGUGGUGUUGGACACCCUGGAGCCCAUGAAGAACCCAGUUAGCUCUGAGCCUGGCAGUCCACUGCAUACCAUUAUGAUCCGUGACCCGGAUGCAGCCAUGCGCCGCAGCAGCAGCUCCACCUCUGAGAUGAUGACCACCUUCAAACCCGCUCUCUCCGCCCGGCUGGCUGGGGCUCAGCUGCGCCCCCCGCCCAUGAGGCCGGUGCGUCCUGCUCCCAACCAGCACCGCUCGAGCAGCUCCAGCUCUUCAGGGGUCGGCAGCCCUGCUGUAACUCCCACUGAGAAGAUGUUUCCAAGUAAUAACACUGGUUCUAAUAUGAAUACUUCCAGUGAUGCCGGGGAUAAGUCUGGUACCAUGUAGCAAAAGUGGAAUCUGCUAGGAGGGAAGGUUGUAAAGUUUUCCAAGUUAGGGGAAAGCUUACGGAAAUGGGCGCUGAUGUGUGAAGAGCAGAUAUGAAUAUUUUGCUCUCUGUUUUCUGCCUGACUUAAUUCAUAUAUUCAGGAAGCUCCUGAAGCGAGCCUACAGUACAGUGUGUUACCAUGGUGAUAACAUGGUGGCAGAAGCUGUAGAGGUGUCAUCGCGUAAAGCUCACCUCUCUUUGAAACUUGAUUUAACUACAGAAAAUGUGUAUAAGAAUACACAUCUUUCAGUUUUACCUCAGUUUCAACAAAAAUCUGUGCCCAUGUUCUGCUCUCACAGAUACAAUAAAUGCAAGUGAAGCAAUACUUGUGUGAAAUUUGGUAUUAGUUUCCACCCAGCACACAUUGUCCAGCAGAUGUUUCAGUCAAUCCUACUGGUUUAUGAAACGCCUCAUCUGGACGGGUGUAAACAUUCAGGCUAAAAUACCAUGUCUGUUUACCAUUUAGGUCACAGGCCUUAUGGCUGUACAUACAAACUUACUUGAAGUCGCCAUGCUUUCUGUUUGUACUAUAAUACAGUGGCUGUAACUUAGUUAUAUACGUCUGCAUGCAGGAUUUGGAGUACAAUGAAAGAUUUGUAAUGAUGUUUUUUUUCUCAUAUGGUCAUUGUAGCAUAAAAUAUUAGUUUGAAACCUAAUUUUCAAAGAUGGAACAAAAAUUAUCUAAAAAUCACGUUUCAGAUGUCCAAAUAUUUGACCAAGUAACACAUUGGGAUCUUACAGUAUUAUGUUUUAAAUCUACUGGUACUCAAAAUGUUGUACCUGAAGUCAUCGCGUUCACUGCUAAAGAUAAAAGCAUCUCCGCAUGGAAAUGAUCACUGAACUCUUAGACAUGCCAGUCAGAACUAAACAAAGCAAGUCAUCCUCUACCAUCAUGUAUGGUUGGACUGUGGGCAGACUUAACGUGGCUGCUUCCAUGUUUUUUUUUCCUUCUAUGUCCUGUAUAUGAAAUGCAGAAAACUAAUGCACCAACUAAUGUAGGAACUCUGUGGUAAACUUGUACAUAAUAUAUAGCUAGUAAUUUUUUAAAUGUUAAUCUUGUACAGGCUAUUAUGAAAAAGGCAAAGGGUUAGCUGUGAAGCACGUGUUAAGAUCAUAAACCACCUUUUUAUCAUCUUCAGUAAACUACAAACAUAUUCUUUGGCUGUUCUGAUACCGAGGUCCAAAAACUAAGCUUGCCAGGGGGAUCUGGGGGCAUGCAAUUGGAUAACAGAAGCUUUAAAACCAUGUCAGUGUGCAGUAGUAUUGGCACACCAAAGUAAUGUUAUUUUUAGGCAAUUAUUAUAUACACCCCAGAAAAAUACAGAGGUCCGGACUUGACCUCAAAGAUGAGUACAGCCAAUUGGCACAAUUACCACUGCAUUUGGCAAUAGUACUUUAGAAAACUGAUUGCUGUUGAACAGACAACAAAGGCUGAAUAAAUGUUUUCUCCAUUAUGUUUUUGACGCACUCAGUUUACAAAGCUUGAUCUGUUUUCUCAGUCUAAUUUGGGUAAUUUUAUUAUUGCACAAGAUACAUUAAAAAGUACCCUCUGACAGUUCCUCUUUCAAAUUUAAAAUGUGAUUCUCACCCACGGGAACCUGAGAAAUAUGAUGUUGUGAGAUACGAAUAUGACAGCUGUUUCCUUCCUUCCUGCGUUUUUCUUAUCUUCGCUGAUAGAUACAGUUAUGCUCUGACUGUAGACUAUUUCUUUUUUGUUGGAAGAAAACUAAAUAGAGCACAUUUCGUUGUGUUUAUAUCUACUGUACCUCUUGUCAUUCUGACAGCUCUUGUCCAGAGACCUUGUUAUCCGCAUCCCAAAGAGCCUGCUCUGUUCUGCAUGUUUUGUGCUGUAAUGUCUGACUCAUAUUCUGGGGCAGUUAAACAAUGGCUGUAUGUGGUGCCAUGCCUUGGUAAAACGCACAAUUAAUUAAAUAUUGGAUGUUUGGGUUUUUUUUCCCCUAAGAAAUGGGCUCUGGCAUUUAUGCGGACUGGGAAUUAAGCUGCUUGUAGCAGUUUCUAAAAUAGAAGUAAAAGAGAACAAUGCUUGAAACAAAAGAAACUUAAAUAUUAGCAUGCAAUCCAGGCCCUGAUUCCACUGUCAACUGCAGUGUUGCUUCUUGUCAAUGUAUUGUUUGCUCUUUAGUUGUCAGAGACAGAUUUAUAAAUGUCCAGUGUGAAGAACAGAGAGCUAUUACAACCAGAAAAAAAGAAAUACAGCAUUUAAAGUCAUGCAGUGCAGUCACAUCCUCUGCUGGUUUCGGCUGGUAUUGCGUCCUGAUACGUCACUUUAUGUGGGCAUUAUAAGUAUGAUCUGCAGCUGAUAUUACAAUCACUAAACGUAUCCAUAAAAUUCUAUUUGUUUGUUCUGGUUACAGUUUUGCGCCUAAAUCUAUGAAGAUAGCCUACUAUUACAAAAAAGGACAUACAUUUAUUAAAAUACAAAGCAAGCACACACUUUCAAAAGGGGAAUUAUCAUCCUUAUAUUUAACUAGACUGUUGUUGUUUUUUAAUUUAUAGACACUUAUAUAAGUGGAGCAGACAAUUUGAGUGCCUUUUGUGCACAACUUCAAUUUUUAUUGUACUUUUGUAUUUACUUUUUUAACUGUAAAUUGUGUCUAUUAGUUGUCAUGUUUAUUAUAAACUGACUGGCUUUUUUAUCUUUACUUUCUAAACUCAGUUGUCAGACCUCCAUAAGGAAUAAAUGGUGUAAAGAUGUUCCUUUUGUGAAUUACAGAAGAAUCAUCAUGAAAUGCUCGCCUGUGUGUUGGUGAUUAUAAAAACUACUGUAUACACAAUCUACUGGUGAAGUUCAGUAGAAUCAUCUCAGAACAUUUCUUUCAUCUUUUUGUUUUCCGUGUGAACUGCUUGUGCUGUGUUUGAGCCGUUAACUCUUGUCUCUUAGCUCCUUCCCUUUUAAAGCAAAAUCAUUGCAGUAUUGUUGGAAACAGUGGGACUGAUAUGGACCCUCUUCUUGCAGAGGUUAUAAGGCACGUGGUGCACUCUCCUUUUCCCUACAUGUGAUGUGACACAGACAUUUUCUUUCCUGGGAUGUGUGCUGAAAUGGGUAUCACUGUUUGUCUGCUGACAUGCGAAGACAUUACGUUAAUAUAAAAAAAUGACAUUACAGUAAGAGAGCAGACUAAAAGCCUGUCAUGUUGUGGGGACCGGAGUGUGAGUUGCUGUCACUCUGUUUACCUUCUCUUUAAUUGUUUGUCUAGUGAUGCUGUUUGUUGAUGAGUGUCUGGUUGGUUGAAACCCUGUGAUGUAAUGUACACCAUACCACUGACUGGAUGUUGAAAACCCCUGCAUCCAAAUAAAACCAUUAUUGCUCUGUGA